UGGGCACCAGGAAGCUGGCUUGACACCUGUUUGGAGCCACCAGCUGCCAGGUGACCCACCAUGUCAACCUUAAUGGAGAUUAAGACCAGCGUGCUCAGGCAGGUGCAGGCGUGCCCGUCCUUCCGCCGAAAGGCAGAGCAGGAGCCUGAGAGCAGCAGCACUGACCCACAGGAGCCUGCCACAGGGGCCUGGAAACCUGGGGAUGGUGUGGAGUUCUUCGCUCACAUGCGCCUCAUCCUGAAGAAGGGGGAUGGUAGACAAGGCCUGCCAUGCCCCGAGGUCCUCUUGCGCAGUGGCUCCCCAGCCCCCGCUGAGCCUGUGGACCCCAAUCGUGGCCUGAGAGCCCUGACCCAGGAAGAGGUGGAAAUGCUUUAUGAGGAGGCCUUAUACACAGUCCUCCACCGGGCAGGCACCAUGGGCCCCGACCAGGUGGACGACGAAGAGGCCCUUCUGGGUUAUCUUCAGCAGGUGUUUGGCACCAACCCUGAGGAACACGCUGAUGCCAUUGCGCGCGUGAAGAAGGCCAAGGCCCCCACAUACGCCCUGAAAGUCUCGGUCAUGCGUGCCAAGAACCUUCUGGCGAAAGACCCCAAUGGCUUCAGCGACCCCUAUUGCAUGCUGGGCAUCCUGCCGGCCUCGGGUGCCCCUCGGGAGCCAAGCGGGCAGAAGGAGCAGCGCUUCAGCUUCCGAAAGGGCAGCAAGCGCAGUGGCCCGCUGCCUGCCAAGUGCAUCCAGGUCACUGAGGUCAAGAGCAGCACUCUGAAUCCUGUCUGGAAGGAGCACUUUCUAUUUGAGAUCGAGGAUGUCAGCACAGACCAACUGCACUUGGACAUCUGGGACCAUGACGAUGAUGUGUCCCUGGCAGAAGCAUGCAGGAAGCUGAAUGAAGUCAUCGGCCUGAAGGGCAUGAGCAGGUACUUCAAGCAGAUUGUCAAGUCAGCCCGUACAAAUGGGACAGCAGGGCCCACUGAGGACCACACUGAUGACUUCCUGGGAUGCCUCAAUAUCCCUGUCCGGGAGGUGCCCGUGGCCGGCGCAGACCGCUGGUUCAAGCUGGAACCGCGCUCCAGCGCCUCCCGUGUACAGGGAGACUGCCACCUGGUCCUCAAGCUGAUCACUACGCAGAGGGACACGGCCAUGAGCCAGCGUGGGCGAUCGGGCUUCCUGUCCUACCUGUUGCUGCUCAGCCGUGUGCUGCGAUUCGAGCACCGAGUGGAGGAGCCCAAUUCGAGCAGCUGGUGUGGUGAGCUCAGUGGGCCUGGGACCACGGUCCUCUGCCUCCACGGAGCCCAGAGCAACCUGUCGCCCUUGCAGCUGGCUGUGCUGCACUGGCAGGUCAGCAGCCGCCACCAUCAGACCCGCACGCUGGACUAUGGCUAUCUGCUGGGGCUGCUGGAGGACAUGCAGGCACACUGGGAGGAGGCGGCCUUGCUGCCCCAGGAGCAGGAGGAGAGCCUGGCUGACAGCUUCUCUGCCUUCUCUGAGUUUGGGCUUCGGCUGUUGCGCCAGCUCCGAGAUUACUUUCCUGCCACCAACAGUACAGCCGUGUACCGCUUGGAGCUGCUACUGAAGUGUCUGGACAAGCUGCAACUCUUCCAGCCCUCCUUUGAGAUAUGCCCCUUUGAGACGGAGCUGAACACGGACAUUGCUGCAGCCCUGAAGAGAGGCAACCGGGAAUGGUACGACAAGCUCCUGAACGCCAAGACUCCCCGAGAGCAGCCGGCACCACAGCGCCUGGGUGGACUCGUUGAGCUAGCGGACAUCAUUUAUGAGGACCUGCAAUCCUGCUAUGGCAUCUAUGCCAGCCUCUUCCACGGCAUCCUCAAGGUGGACUUCUUCACCCUUACCUUCCGGCAACUGGAGCGUCUGGUGGCUGAGGAGGCCUGGGUGCUGACGGAGGAGCUGAGCCCCAAGAUGAACCUGGAGGUGGCUUCAGGGCUCUUCGAGCUCUACCUUACCCUGGCUGAUAUCCAGCGCUUCUGGAGCUGCAUCCCUGGCCGGGAUAGCCGCUCCCUGGCUCUUGCUGGCAUCCACACCCCAUUCCUGCCAGCUGUGAAGCUCUGGCUACAGGUCCUGCGUGACCAGGCCAAGUGGCGCCUUCAGGGAGCUGUGGAUGUGGACACACUGGAGUCUGUGGAUGCCACCUCCAAACACAGCAGCUCUGCAGCCACUGCCAGCCUGUGCCUCAGCCACAUCCAGGAGCUCUGGGUCCGCCUUGCCUGGCCUGACCCUGCCCAGGCCCAGGGGCUGGGCACCCAGCUCAGCCAGGACAUGUGUGAGACUGUCCUCUUCUACACGGAGCUCCUGCGGAAGAAGGUGGACACCCAGUCUGGGGCUGCUGGGGAGGCAAUGAGCGAGCCGCUCUGUGUGGUGCUCAACAACGUGGAGCUGGUGCGCAGGGCUUCAGGGCAGGCACUGAGGGGCCUGGUGUGGCCAGAGGGGGCCUUUGGGCUGGAGGGAGUGCUGCCCCGUCCCCUGCUCAGCUGCACACAAGCCCUGGAUGAGGAUCUACAGCGCGAGGCCCGCACUGUGACUGCACACCUGACCUCCAAGAUGGUGGCUGACAUCAGGAAGUACGUGCAGCACAUCAGCCUGUCUCCUGACUCCAUUCAGAAUGACGAGGCUGUGGCCCCACUCAUGAAGUACCUGGAUGAGAAGCUGGCCCUGCUGAGUGCCUCACUGGUGAAGGAGAACCUGAGCCGGGUGCUGGAGGCCCUUUGGGAGCUGCUCUUGCAGGCCAUUCUGCAGGCACUGGGCACGAACAGCGACGUCUCUGCUGACUUCUAUGGGCGCUUCCACUUCACACUGGAGGCACUGGUCAGUUUCUUCCACGCUGAGGGUCAAGGCCUGCCCCUGGAGAGCCUUAGGGAUGGAAGCUACAAGAGGCUGGAAGAGGAGCUUCGGCUGCACAAAUGCUCUACCCGCGAGUGCAUUGAGCAGUUUUACUUGGACAAACUCAAGCAGAGGUCUUUGGAGCAGAACCGGUUUGGUCGCCUGAGUGUCCGCUGCCAUUAUGAGGCAGCUGAGCAGCGGCUGGCUGUGGAAGUGCUGCACGCUGCAGACCUGCUCCCUCUGGAUACCAAUGGUCUGAGUGACCCCUUUGUGAUUGUGGAGCUGGGCCCACCACACCUCUUCCCGCUGGUCCGAAGUCAAAGGACUCAGGUGAAGGCCCGGACGCUGCACCCAGUGUAUGACGAGCUCUUCCACUUCUCUGUGCCUGCAGAACCGUGCCGCCGCCGUGGGGCCUGUGUGCUGUUCACGGUCAUGGAUCAUGACUGGCUGUCCACCAACGACUUUGCCGGGGAGGCAGCUCUUGGCCUCGGUAGCAUCAGUGGCCUCGCAAGGCCCCAGGUGGGAGGGAGUGUGAGGGCUGGGCAGCCCACCACACUGCACCUGCGCCGGCCCAGAGCCCAGGUGAAGUCAGCACUGCGGAUGCUGGAAGGCCGUAACAACAAGGAGGCGCAGGAGUUUGUCAAGAAACUCAAGGAGCUGGAGAAGUGCAUGGAGUCUGACCCCUGAGUGCCCUGCUGACCGUGGACGGGCCUUUCCCCACUUCCCCGAGGUGCCUGCUUUGUGCAGCCAGGGCUCACAGAAGCCCCUUCCCUGUGCAUGACCUGUGUGCUGUGGCUGGACCUUGUGACUUUGUCUGUCCUGGCUGUGUCUCUGGUGAACCCCUUGUGCCCCAGCCCAAAUAGAAGCAGCUGGUCUCAGUGGACUCUUGCUCCCCAGAGGCCAUUAGGCAGUGUCUGGAGACACUUUUGGUAGUCACAGCUGGAAAGUGAAGGUUGAAGGUGUACUAUUUCCGGAGGGUGGAGGCCAGGCAUACUGCGCACACCCUACAAUGAUCAGUCAGCCCCUCAACAAAGACUAUCCUGUACCCACACAUCAGCAGUGCCACUCUGGAGAGCACCUCUUGAAAGAAGAAGCUCUACUCUGUCUCCCUGGGAGAGGCAGGAAAGCUGGAGAUUAAGUUCAGAUGACCCAAACUUUGGAGGGAAGCAGUUGCUAGGUCACAGAUGGAGGGUGAGGAUCUGCUGUGUGGCUCUCCUGGCUCUGGGCACCCCAUCCACAGCAGAUAAGCAGGAUUGCACAGAUUCCAGUCCCAACCUGGCUCUUAGGCCUGGGAGAAGUUUUCCCUGGGGUCACUAUGAAGUUAGGGACAUCACCACAGAUGGGAGAGCAGGGUAGGGUUCCAUGCCAGCCAGUCAGCUGUCCU